AUGGAUGAGCCGAUCCCGGAUCGCUUGGUGGACAUGCUGAGGAGGGCAGCGGACUUUGAGCAGCAAUCAUUGGAGCGAAGUACAAGCUCCAGGCGCUCGCGCUUCACCCAGUCCUGCCAGUCCUUUCGGACCAGGACCAGUGUAGCGUCCUCCAGGCUCUCGCGGGCGGUGUCAUUGAGGCAGCAGACCAACCGAGUUCUGGCAACUCGUGUCCGGCAAAGUCCCGGCUCCCCGAAGAACGGCAAGAAUCGCUUUGGCCAGAUGGCAAGAACUACAUCGGAUGUUUUCCGACUUCCGGAGAUUCCAGGUGCAGGAGAUAAGGAGCAGGGAGUCGAUGCUUCCAAAGUGGCUCCAAAAGGUGCCGCGAAGCCAAAGUCCCGGCUGAAGAAGAGAAGAGACAGCGGACCACAGGACGUUUCCAUAGAAGCUGCUCAAGCUUUCUGGAACUUGACGACUGCAACAGAGGCGCGUCAAGAGAAGCAGAAGCGAAGCGGAGCUGGUCGUCACGGAAGCACUGGCGCCAAGGACACAUCAGAUGGGACCGCGGACCGCUAUAGAGGCUCUCCAUCUGGGCCUGGUGUUCCUGAGCUGUCACGCCGCCUGGGCAUGCCGCAACAAGUGGCCAAAGAGGCCGCACAGCUCUUCCAGCGGUUCGCGGAUAUACCCAGAAAUGGAGGCAUAUUCGAUGGCAAGCUGAAGAUUGCCCAGCUUGAGAAGGUCCUGGUGGCCCUUUGCGACGUGGGGGACGUCUCGGAGCUGUCGAGCGACUUUACGGAGCGGGCCUUCAAGGCGGCGGACCGCGACACAGGUGGCUUUAUCGACUUGGAAGAGUUUGCGGUUUGGUACUCCUCCUUCUGCUUCGCAGAAGAGGUCACCGUGAAGCCUCAAGUCCGGCAGACACGGGAGCUGGCGCGGCAGAUGGGCCUGGAAAUCUGGGCCAUCGAGAAGUUCAGGGUGGCCUUUGACAAGUACGAUGCCGAUGGCAGUGGGGAGAUCGAGUUCGAUGAGUUCUCGGACAUGGUCCAAGAAUUGCUGAAGAUACCCAGCGGCCACGAACUGCCCUACGACCGCCUGAUGACCAUGUGGCGCUCAGCAGACAUGCAGCAGAAAGGCUUUCUCGAUUUUAAAGAGUUCUGUUUCUUCUACGUGCGCAUGGUGUCUAUGGAAGAGGGGUGCGACCCUAUCAGGGACUACUACCGCAAUGUGCGGAGCGUGCCCGUGGCGCCUAUGUGA